CUCAUCUCAUGAUACUCGAAGGGGAGGACGGUGUCGUAAAGUCAGUCCCCCCGACAUCGUCGAGCGUCCUGCUGUCGCGGGCAUGUCUGCCAUCGAUGCGUCACGCUUCGGGAACGCGCUUCCUUUUCUGUUCGUAUGCUUUUGCGCCGUUCUGCCGCUCUCUUUCUUUUCCCAUGGGAGGGAACAGUUUGGGAUGGGGGAGGGCUGAGAAGGCGCCGGCUUGGGGCCGCGUCUCCUUCACUCACCAGAGGCGAUGAAGUUGAGGGCCAGGGGGAAGUGACCCGUCUGAGUCCUGUUGCCGGAGAGGAACUCUCCCUUGGACUGAUUGCGGAACUUCCACGCAAUAGCAGUGCCGGUGAUGCUGCAGAGACCCGAACUGUCAGCGUCGUGUAUCGCGGAAAGCGGAUUGCCAAGGGGGGAUUCUGCUCAUCGGGGUCGAGGGGGGCGCAAUGCCGGUUCAUACAGGAAGAGUGCAUAAGUGACGUAAAUGACGGCGUUGGACGCCGCGGCGGAUGGUUGGCCCAUUGUUGCGACUUGGCGUCGGGUCUUCGUGUCGGCCUGGGCUUUUACUUCAACAGUAAUAUGCGAUGAGCAGUGCUUCUUCUCUGUGGUGUCGAGAGGAGAGAGAGAGAGAGAGAGAGAGAAAAUUGGCGAUUAUCUUCAGCAGUGGCGUGAGAGGACGAGGUUUGCGCAUGUGAACAAACUUCUCAACGCAAAAAAAUCCUCAUGCGGGUGAUUACAAGUGACAGGCCACCCAGCACUAAUUAGAGUCGGACAAGCGUGAUUCGACAUGGGCGGGGGGCUA